AAAACACAAACAACAACAACAGGAAAUAGCAAUGUUUACAGGAAUUCUCACAUGUUUUGUCCUACUCUCAAUUGGUAAAUCGCUGUUUUAUGUAGCCAAAUGUGAUCCUGACACAGGUGGAUAUUUCAUCAGACCACACAACCAUUCAGGUAGAGGUCUAUAACCAAACUCCAACAUGCAGAACGACGCUGGUGAAUUUGUGGAUAUGUACAUCCCCCGCAAAUGCUCUGCCAGUAACAGAAUAAUUGCUUCUAAGGAUCAUGCAUCCAUCCAAAUAAACUUUGCUGAGGUCGACGAGACUACUGGCAGAAUGACUGGAAGUUACAAGACCUAUGCCAUCAGUGGAGCUAUCAGAAGAAUGGGCGAGUCUGACGACUGUCUUGCGCGUCUGGCAAAACGUGACGGCCUCAUUGCUAAGAACUUCUAAUUGAAGAAAAUGAUCGUCAUGUUUUGUAAAUAAUAAAAGAAAAUAAAGAGAAAAAACACAA